AUGGCGGACAAGGAAACGACAAUUUAUAUUGUGGAUGUGGGGAAAUCCAUGGGGGAGUGCCGCAAUGGCAGAUCGAUGACGGACUUUGAAUGGGCCAUGCAAUAUGUCUGGGACCGCAUAACAGCCACAGUAGCUACUGGACGUAAAAUGGCUCAUGUCGGUGUUGUUGGUCUCAGGACAGAUGAAACAGAGACUGCCCACGAGCUUGAAGAUGAUCCGUAUUUCUCUAAUCUUUCAGUCCUUUUUGACCCUGCACAGGUUCUCCUUCCUGAUCUGCGAAAAUUGCAUGAGCAAAUAAAGCCCAGUAGCUCUGACCGAGGUGAUGCUAUCUCUGCAAUCAUCCUGGCUAUUCAAAUGAUCAUCACACACUGCAAGAAACUGAAAUGGAAGCGAAAGAUCGUGUUGGUCACCAAUGGCCAAGGACGCAUGAGCAGUGAAAAUCUUGAUGGAAUUGUCGAGAAGAUCAAGGAAGAUAAUAUCGAGCUAGCAGUUUUAGGAGUUGACUUUGAUGAUCCCGAGUACGGAUUCAAAGAGGAAGACAAGGACACACGGAAGGCCGAUAAUGAGACACUCUUACGCUCCCUUGUCGAAGACUGCGAUGGGGUUUAUGGAACCCUCGAGCAGGCCGUUUCAGAAUUGGACAUCCCACGGGUAAAAGCAGUGAGAGUACAGGCGAAUUUCAAAGGACACAUUCAACUUGGUAACCCGGGUGAAUAUGAUACCGCUAUUCGUAUCCCCAUUGAGCGAUACUACCGAACCUAUGCUGCGAAACCUCCAACAGCAAGUUCGUUUGCACCUCGCUCUGAAGUACAACCCGAACAAGAGGAGGCCGAAUCCUCUACAACGGCAACUGCACAACAGGACAGCCAACCCGUGGAAGGCAGCUCGCUUACUUCGAUAAGAAACUUGAGAACAUAUCAAAUUGCUGAUGAGAGUGCCCCGGGAGGUAAAGUUGACGUGGAACAAGAGGAUCUUGCCAAAGGGUACGAGUAUGGACGGACUGUCGUUCACAUUGACAAAACCGAUGAAAACAUCACAACACUCGAAACCUACGCAGCCAUGGAGCUACUUGGUUUUGUACAAAGUGAAAAAUACGAUCGCUAUAUGCACAUGUCUACCACCAAUAUUCUCACUGCACAGCGUGCUAAUGAUAAAGCUGCGCUUGCACUUUCGUCCUUCAUUCACGCUCUAUUCGAACUAGAUUCUUAUGCUGUUGCUCGGCUGGUGGCCAAGGAGAACAAGGCACCGAUAAUCGUCUUGCUUGCGCCUUCGAUUGAACCAGACUAUGAAUGUCUACUUGAAGUUCAAUUGCCAUUCGCAGAGGAUGUGCGGACGUACCAUUUCCCCCCUCUGGAUAAGGUGAUUACCGUUUCAGGGAAAGUCAUCACAGAACACCGAAAUCUGCCAAACGAUGACUUGGUUGAGGCAAUGGGCAAAUACGUGGAUAGUAUGGAACUGGCUGACAAUGAUGAAGAUGAAGAGUCUACCGAAUCGUUUUCAAUCGAUGAUUCAUUCUCACCAAUGCUGCAUCGAAUUGAUGCGGCCGUGCGAUACCGUGCUAUCCAUCCCAACGACCCUGUCCCUCCUCCGUCUGAAACCCUAUUGAAAUUUUCCAAGCCAUCUCAGGAUCUGGUAGAGAAAUCAAAGAAAUACCUGGAAAGGCUUACCGCAGCGGCUGAUGUCAAGAAAGUGCCACCUAAAGCCAAGGGUCGCAAGCGUGCCCGUGAGACCGAGAAGCCACUCUCUGGGCUCGAUGUCGAUGCAUUGCUUCACCAGGAAAAGCGCGCCAAGAUAUCACCCAACAAUGCAAUUCCCGAAUUCAAGCAGACCUUGACACAUGCGGACAGCAUCGAGGCCAUUGGCGAUGCGGUGAAGCAGAUGAAGGCUAUCAUUGAGGAUCAGAUCAAGAAUAGCCUUGGUGAUGCUAACUACGACCGAGUCAGCGAGGAGCUGGGAGUGAUGAAGGAAGAGCUGAUUUCCUACGAAGAGCCUGCAUUGUAUAACGACCUUUUGAGGCAACUCAAAGAAAAACUGCUGAAAGAGCAACUCGGCGGGGACAGACGCGAGCUCUGGUGGCUCCUUCGAAGGAACAGGCUUGGAUUGAUCGACAAGGAGCAAUCGGAUCGAUCCGAAGUCACCGAGGAUGAGGCAUAUGAUGUGAGUUUUUGUAUCUGGCGAAAUACUGAAUCUGAAAUGCUAACCCGUUGA